AUGAGCCCACUCGAGGACCUAUGGCAUUGUGCGAUAUCGUGGUUGAGAAGACGACAGCACGUGGUGCAGCUAUCCUUGGUUGGUUUUGGUCAUUUUCAUUGUAACUUGACAGUUAUUGUUGGCAUGAUGCUUCAUCAGUCACCACCGACUAAGCAGGUCCUUUUAUACAAGACCGAGUAUUGCCGUAAUUGGACCGAGCUCGGAUCGCCCACGCUGAUCAACCACUUGGAUACAUCCAGAUACGGUAAAAAAUGUCGAUACGCCCAUGGGUCCACAGAGCUACGCAAUGCACCACGACACUCACGAUACAAGACUGAAAUUUGUCGCGCCUAUCAUUUUGAAGGAGCAUGCCCUUAUGGUAUUCGGUGCACCUAUAUCCACGAUAUGCCUUUUUCAAACUACUGGUCAAAGCUACCUAUACCAUCAUCACGCACCGAUUCACGCUUUUUCUCCCGGAGAGAUAGCUUUGCAAGUAGCAGCAUCAGCAGUAGCAGCAGUGCUAGUAGUACCACCUCUUCUUCAUCCACCCCUUCUUCUCCACUCCUCCCCUGGUCACCUUCAUUUGAGAUGACCAUGUAUUGA